UUUUCCCUCAAUUCCUUCAGGUCUGUUUCUCGAGACUUUCGUACCUGCAUUCCUCUCUGGCAUUCCUCUGACAUCCCUUGCUCGCAAUCACCUGGUGAUACCACUUCAAGUAUUAUCCCAGCCCAGAACGCAAUAUCUUAACACUCGUCCUAGACCUGCUGUCUUCUUCUCUAAAUUAUCUAGCUAUUGAUCAUGAGAACAUAUCGCAUGCACCAACUCUCUACGAAAUCCGCCUCCUCCCGCCACCGCAUGCACACGGCAUACAACAACCUCAGCUCCACCUUCCUCAUUGUCAUUUCAGUCCUAUGUGCAUACCUCAUUCUCACGACCAUCCUAUCGCACUUCAACUCUCUCCUCCCAAAUCCCUUCCACAUUCCAGAAUCACAUCUACAAAGUCAACAUAUCCGCCACUUCCGCGCCCUGCGCCUCCGUUCCGAUAAAGAUCCCACAACCCUGAGACCAGACACAUGCGCUAGACAGCCCCUCGGUGCAGGCCCAGUGCCUUCACCAGACACCGCAUCCGCAUUCCUCUCAUGGACUUCCCUGUCAAAUGCUGCAUCAGCAGCUAUAGCGCCCGCCGGUUAUGUCGUCGAUUCAACUAACCAGGCAAGUACGCUGAACGGUACAGGCUUCCUGGGCACGACCGAGCUCGCAGCCUAUCGCCCGAAACUCUGCGCCUUGUCCUGCGACAACACCCCGCGGUGCGGCGCUUUCGAACUAUAUUUCGAGCGCUCGCCAAUCCUUGCGCCUGGCCUGUCUUGCAAGGACCCACCGAGCAGCACGCUGAUUCGCUGCUCAUUAUGGGACUGGAAAGCUGUGAACCAGAAGAGUCGAAAUGUAGGCCAGUGGAGAGAGCAUUUUCAAGUCGUGAUUGCUGGUGCGAAUCGCUAUGUCAAGUCGAAGCGAGCUCCGACCGUGGUGCGGAUGCUGGCGAAUGAUGCGACGGUGACUACAGGCAGAGGCUCUGAUAAGUGUGCGCUUGCGAUCAUCAUAGCCAUAGUCUUUGUGAUUUACAUGUAGGAUAUAGGACCUGGAUUCGUUUUGGUCGUCAUGGAUUGGGUGUAUACUUAUUCAUAUAGAGGGAUAUCUACAGUGGAGUGGAAAAGAAGACUGUCAAUAUAUACUA